AUGGUAUUGGCUGUUGGUGUGUUCUUCCUCCUCUGUGGAAUCAGCGGACUGUUUACUGAAGCUAGGCCUUGGGGUCAUCUUCACAAGUACGGUUUGAAAUGCCCUGAAGGAUGGACUCAGUUGGACGAUCGCUGUUACAUCUUCCAGGGGGAAAACAGGACUUAUGCACAUGCAGAGAGCAUCUGCAACACGUUUGGUGGGCACCUGGCGUCCAUCCACAGCGAGCUGGAAAACAAGCUGGUUAUUGAACUGCUGCUGGAGGCGUGUGCGGACUAUGCCUGGAUCGGACUCUAUGGAGCCGUUAAGGACGGCUCCUAUUUGUGGACUGAUGGCUCAAAAGUUGAUUUUGCAGACUUUGCUGCAGAACUGUCCUACAAAGAUUGUGAUGGAGUUUGGGAUAGUGACUACUUAACCAAUAAGAACCCGUUUGUUUGUAGCAAACAGUUGUACUACUGACCACCCGGCCCGCCCUAGCGCUUUCCUGCCAUCCUCUGACGCAACACCAGAGCUUUGUGUUUCUCAAAGUCCUUUCUUCUUUGGUCUUCUUCCACACCCGUGUAGACGGUUGACAAUGUUCAAAUGUUGCCGGAAACUUUGCUUGCAUCGUUAACUCAUGAUGGCAACAGUGUGACCCUCUAGUAAGUUAUUUUUGUUUAAUUGGCAUCUCUUACGGGAAUGACUGUCUUACUUUCUUCUAAAAUGACAGCAAAUGACUGUCUAAAGUUGUUACUAAACCAGUUUUAGGAAUGCUGUUAUUAAUCAUAGCAGUGUGCAUGCUCCAGAUAGAACUUGUCUUCAACCACUUUCUAGGUAUGACAGAGAAUGAAACCCUUGGCCUUGAUGGGUGUUAUAUUUAUUUGGGGUGUGACGAUGUACCGAUUUAUAUUCUUAAGAUUCAACUACAUCGAUCUGUGCUCGGCAACAUUGCCUUCCGGAAGAUAGGUAUCGAUUCAACAUUGUUUUAGAAGGCAAUCGAUCGAUUUUAUCAAUGCAAGAAAAAGGAAAACAUUGGAUUGAAGAACGACGGACUUUGUAUAAAGUUUAACACUUUCAAUGAUAAGGUCGUUAAACGUUACUCAAAUCUGUCUGCUCGUCGGCAAAACAAGAAUGGCGCAUACCUACAGUGGCCGAGAAAUGUCACAACACACCAGAAGACAAUACCAUACAUUACAACACAACAACUUUCAGCCACAGCAUGACUGCAAAAGCCACAACAAAGACAAACGCCACAAGGGUCAGUCUUGUCUCUUCAUCACUUACCUUCCCCCCCUUGGCCAUAUCUUCCGUAAAUUUAACAUUCACUUUCACUGCUACGCUGAUGACACCUAGCUCGACCUCUCCACCAAGCCCAAUGCCACACCUCCUCCCUCACCUCCUGCCUAUUUGGAAAACAUCCUGGUUCACCUCAAUCUCCCUCAAAUUAAACAGGAAUACCACCAAAAUCCACUCUUUCCACAGUACACAGUUUCACCCGAACCAUGGACAACUCCCCAGUGAUGCCCUACCCUCAGGUUAAGAGUCUGGGUGUCAGCCUGGAUAGCAUGCUCUCAUUCCAGUCUCACAUCAAAAACAUCACUCGCUCUGCUUAUUUUCACCUUCUUAUUACUAACCGGCUACACCCUUCUCUUACUGUACAUGAUGCCUCCAUCCUCCUUCCCAGUCUGGUCACCUCUCGCAUUGACUACUGUAAUGUCCUUCUCUUUGGCCUCCCCCAGAAGUUCUUCCACAAGCUCCUACGAGUCUAAAACCCCCUCAUUCCAUCAUAUCACACCCAUCCUACAAAAAAUUCACCGGCUUCCGGUCAGGCAAAGAAUCAACUACAACUUCACCCUUCCUUAUUUCCCGGACCUCCUCCACAUCGUUGCUCCAGCACAUUCCCUCAGAUCCUCCUCUUCCGUACACCUUGCUGUGCCAUCAACCCGCCUCAUCACCAUGGGGAGCAGAGUGACUGAAAGCUCUGCUCCCCAACUAUGGAACUCUCUCCCACCUGACAUCAGCAAUAUUAGCGCGUUUCCAUUACCGCUAGAAAUGCGCAGAACCUAAAUUUCGCCAUAAGAAACUGUUAACGGAAACACCCAUAUUCUGAAAAACCUCUCAAAUAUUGCUCAAACAUUUUUGCACUCAUGAGGUGGUUUUUGAGAAGCUUCGAUAUUGAAGUGUUUCGCAAAAGCAUGACGGAAACACUUUUUUCGCAUUCAGAGGUCACAUAAACACCGUAUCGGCGAGGAAUAUAGGGCAGACAGGUCGGCGGCAGGGGGGACUAAGGCGGCUCCACCGCACCGGGCCGUCUCGCAGGUUCCUUCCCGGCAAUAGAGGCCGACUCGUAGACUUGGAGAGACCCACUUGCCCAAACAUGUGUCGAGGGGGCCGUACGUCUCCGAUCGGUUGGUCGUGAGAGGACCUUCCGACAACCGACCCGGAGGCUCAGAGAGACCUACUGAACAAGUCUGAAGAGUAAUGUCAAGUUGGCUGUAAGGACUUACCUUUAAGCGAUCACCCGCUGCCUUCGUCUUCUAUUGUCAUCACGGCGACUGCCAUGGCGGCAAUACAUUCCUCAAAGUGGAGUCUCGCGGGAUGAGAUUUUUUUACGAGAAUUACGCCUCAUGACGUAAAACACUUUUAAUGGGAACACCUACAAGUUGCAAAUGUGCUUUGUCGAAAUGUUAGAAAUACUGCUUAUAUUUUGUGAAAAACUGCAAUAGAAACGCAGCUAGUGACUCCCUUCAUGCAUUCCAAUCAAAAUCCCAAUUGCCUACUCGCUGUAACUGCAUGCCGCUACACUGUCCGAUGUUUGUUACAUGUUGAUUUUAUCAUUAUUUAUUACUUAAUUUAUCUGUACAUGUUGAUUUAAAUGAUCUUAUCUGUAUAUUGUAAAGUGUUCUUGUUUUUUUUGAAAGGCACUUAUAAAUGAAAUGUGUUAUUAUUAUUGUUAUUAUAUGAAGCCGCAACACAACUUUAAGCAGCAAAGGACACGAUGGGAGUGAAAGCGGACGGACUAACUUCAACAUAGUUUGAUAGUAUUAUUGAAAAAAGGUACAAAAGUUUUUUAUGACUGAAAAAGUGCUCACACUUAAGCUACUUUUCCAAUCUCGCACAUUGCAGCUUCCGUCUCAGGAAGUCGGUCCGUCGCCGAAACUUGUCCCUUGUCGCUUAAGUUGUAUUUAUAUUGCCUUCUCGUUGUUGUGUUACGGCUUUAGUUUGUUGUGUUUGCAUAGAGGUUGAUUGAAAUGAGAGUACUGCAGGUCAAAUUUAACCUGAAAACAUUUGCUUGCACUUCAUUUCUCAGGUAAAUCUAUUGUUAAUUCAACCUGACCAGUCUUUGGUUGCAUUUUAUUUUUGAUAUUAAUAUUAUGUUGAAAAACAAACGCAGGUAUUACUGUACUUUUGUUGAGAAACUCUUGAAUGCUGUUCUUGUUCUUGUUAAGUCAACCUAAAAUGUUGGUUGCACUUUAUUCAAAUAAAACGUGA